GUCUCACAGCAUUUGUGCGCUGGGUGAGGCGCCACAAUCCUCUCUUAUCCCACGGAGCUAGUCGCAAGGGGCAACAUUGGCUUGGCUAGAAAGGUGCCCCUACAGGAUCAGCCGCAUAGCGGCAGCUGCUGGGCGGUUCAGCUCGGCAGCUCGUUCCCAUGCUGCUCCUAAGAACAGUGAGUUGUUGGGAGAUCUCAUUCUCAGGCAACAGAGUAAGCUAUCAGCUUAGAGGUUGUCGGAAAAUACCAGAAUCAGCAUCCUCUAAGCAAUGCUGUGCGUGGGGCUGUAAGCUGGAUUCAAGUCACGAUCUGCAGGCGUAGGAUCAGCUGAUACUGCGAAAUUGUCUUGCAAAAUUGCUGCCAAGACAUCCUGGCAGGCAGCCCUGAGCUGCAGGAGCUGCUGCUGCUGAACACUUUGAUUGCACGUCUGCAUGCAAUGGCGGCAUCGGAUGCUGCCAAACUAGAGAAGACUAUUGGGCAAACCAGGGUCCUGCUAUUCUGGCCAAACAUCGUGGACUAUGUCAGAAUAGUCAUGGCAGUUGGCACUUUCUUUGGGCCCUGGGACCAGAGAGAGCAGCCGCUGCUGUUUGCUGCACUCUACGUGGCGGGAUUCUUUCUAGAUGGUGUAGAUGGCAUUCUCGCAAGAAGCCUCAAUCAGGUUUCUUCCUUUGGAGCCUUUCUGGACGUGUGCAUAGACAACGGGGUGCGACAAGUGAUGUGGACAAUGGCUGUCCCGGGUCCAGUCGGAUGCUUGCUUCCCGCUCUAGAGUGGCUAGUUUUAGCGGCUACUCACAGCCAAGGGGGUGCAGCCUGGAAGGAAGGGUGCUUCAGAGAUGCACCUUGGCAGGGCGUAUUGUUUCUUUGUGGAGCUGUGGACCUUGCAGCGGCAUCUGGGGUCCCUCCUAAAAGAAGACGAGAAAGGAGCUUCUCAUCGUAA